UUUUGUGUCGCUACGAUAUGUUAAAUGUCCGACGACCGGACAAUUAGACUUUAGUCGUUUGUUUAGAAAAAAAUUUUGUAAAUUUUCAUAUAUAUUAUUGCACGUCUUUGACACCCGUUUGUUUACUUUUAUAAUUUUUUUUUUUACUCAUUUGAUUUUAUAUUUUUGUGUAAUAUAAUUAUAAAGAAUACGACAAGAUGAGAGGCAAAUCUGAACUGGAAGAGGACGAACAAGGAAAAUUGUUUGUUGGUGGACUUAGCUGGGAAACACAACAAGAAAGCCUCCAAAGAUAUUUUAACAGAUAUGGUGAAGUAAUUGAUUGUGUUGUUAUGAAGAACAGUGAAAGUGGACGAUCAAGAGGUUUUGGUUUUGUUACAUUUGCUGAUCCAAAUAAUGUUAAUGUAGUGCUACAAAAUGGACCGCAUGUUUUGGAUGGUCGCACUAUUGACCCAAAACCAUGUAAUCCUAGGACUUUGCAAAAACCUAAAAGAAGUUCAAGUUAUCCUAAAGUGUUUUUGGGCGGCUUACCCUCUAAUGUAACUGAAACAGAUUUACGGACUUUCUUUUCGCGCUACGGAAAAGUUAUGGAAGUUGUAAUCAUGUAUGAUCAAGAAAAGAAAAAAUCAAGAGGGUUUGGAUUUUUGUCAUUUGAAGAUGAUGAUGCAGUUGAUAGAUGUGUAGCUGAGCAUUUUGUCAACCUUAGUGGCAAACAGGUUGAAAUUAAAAAAGCAGAACCUAGAGACUCAAACAAAAUGAACGAUGUUGGUGCCAAUCAGUGGGGCAUGAAUCAAAGCAAUCAUUUAGCUAUGGGUGGAAUGGGUAUGGGUGGUCCAGGUGGACAAAUGGGAGGUCCCAUGGGUGGAAUGGGACCUAUGGGUCCUGGAAAUAUGAUGCAAGGCUAUCAAGGAGGAUGGAGUUCAACACCUCAAUCUCAAUAUCCUGGUUAUGGUACUCCAUCUGGUCCAGGUGGAUUUCAAGGUUGGGGUGCUCCCCCUGGUCCCCAAGGUCAAGGAAUGGCUCCUCCAACUUGGGGUUCAAAUUAUGCACCACCUCAACAACCUGGAUAUGGAUCCUAUGCACCUCAAGCACCUCCACAAUCAAGCUAUGGAAAUAAUUGGAAUUGGAAUAUGCCACAGAAUGGACCUGCAGCAGCUACAGGACCUCCUGGACAAACUGGACCAGGACCUCAAAAUGAUAUGUAUUCUCGCUCUGCUGGAGCAGCGCCAGCAACUGGACCUACUCCACCGGGAACUGCCCCACAAAAAGCUGGUGACUAUGCUGGGUAUGGAAACUACACUGGCUAUCAACAGGAUUCGACCAGCUAUGGUGCAGGCCAAACUUAUAGAGGGGCGGACGGCACAGCCGCUGGUCUCGGGUCUGGCGGUGGGUAUGUGGCCCCGGUAGUGACGCCAGUCGUUUCCGCCGGAGUACCGGCGGCAACGUACAGUAACGCUCCAGGACCGACCAGAGCGAAUAAUUAUAAUUCAAACCAAGCACAACCGUACCAUCCUUACAGGCGCAACUGAACGUAUUAUUAUUUGACUGGAUCAUCAUUGGCGAUAUUUAUUUGCCUUUGUUCGUACUAUUUCUAAUCAUUCUUAAUAAAAAUAAACUUCUAUUAUAAGCUAAAAUACACAUUGUGAUUGUGUUUAUUUGUAAGACAAACUGAUUACAUUAAAUCGACAUAUAAGUAUAUACCCUA